AACAGAAAAAAAUUUGAAAAAAAAAAUAUAUAUAUAUAAUUAAAGAGUGAAAAAUUGAUAUUCGAUAACAAGACGGUAAACUGAUCAGCUUUUUAAUGAAAAUCGACAUGGGUCGAACAUCUCUGGAAACCAGUUUCAGAAGAAAAGACUAGAAAGCUCAAAUAAAGGUACCACAAAGAGUAAAAUGAAUGUAUUAUAUGAGAGUUGCUUGGAAAGUUUUGAAGGGAUCAGGACCGAAACUUAAGAAAACAUUCACGAUAGUCCGGUGAGAAGGAGACAAAGCCGAGAAAGAUAAUCAACCGUUCUUGAAGAAAACAUCCAUCGCCUCAAGGCGAUACUCGUGUCUUACUCGUGGAGGACGUUGCAAGUGUCUUUUCCUGUCGAGAUAUCAUCAGCCACGUUUCAUCGUCUUCCUGGAUCAGCGAUCGCAUCCGGACGACCUUCGCUGAAGCGCUUCGGGAAUUCGCGUUUACUAAAGUUUCAGUCUCGCGCGCGCGCGCGUGACUUUCGUUCUCAUUUAUUGUGUUAAUGAAAGUGUCCAGCAGCCUGUUUUCGCAGACUCGUCGCGACUCUCAGCCCAAGCGGAUGCGCAUUCCCGAUUCUUGCACGUCGCUCCUCCUCGUCAAAGUAGACAUUUCCGGAUUUUCACGUCUCAGAUUAGAAGACGCCGAAUGUUUGACACUGCGACCCUUCGCAGGAUUCAAGACUUUUGGACGUGGAUAGGACAAUGAGCGUCAGAAUUGUUGUGAGCGUCACUGAGCUCACGAAUAUGGACGCCAAAGAUCGCUAUGUCGUCGAGGGCAUUGCAUUUUCCACAGCCACCGAGGAUGUGGGGGAUGAACCACAAGGCCACGAGAACGAUACCGAUCCAUACUCGUUGUCGCAUCUCGAUCCGCCUACCGGUAGUAUCUACAUGAUAGGUGGGGUGCUGAUCGCUAUGGUUCUGGUGGGCGUCUUGAUCGUCUUGCUCGCUGUAACGAUCAGCAAGCUGCGAAAGCGCGAGGACCAUCACUCGAACGUAGAUGCGGUGCACCCCGAAGCGACGGUGGUGCAGACGGCGACGUCGCUCGCGACGAUUGGGACCCCGAUGACGCAUCCGGACGGUUGCUGCACGCAGAUGUCCACGACCACCAUGUCGACCGACCUCGGGAACAGCGUUUGCGACGAGCAUGUAUUCGCGACAACGGUGACGCCGUCCGCCAAUCCAGUCGAUCCGUUCGCGUGGCAAUUCCCGCCCCCGUACCCACCCCCUCACGUGUCGCCGGCGCAAUACACAUUGUACAACGAUCAGGAUACCCUUGUACAUGCUUUGCCGUCGGACCGGUCUGGAUUUGCGAAGGGCUUCCGCAAGAACCUUGGUGGACGCUGGCGUCGAUUAGUGAAGCGUAAAGCAGAGACAGAUACCUGUGCCAUUCCCCCCGAGCUGAAGGAUCAGCUGAAAACUAUUUACGUCUAUUGACGGCCAAAAGCCUGUCCCCGAAAGCCUGAAAAUCCCGAAAAAGAAUUUGAAAAUUAUCGAUAGAAGCACAAUGAGUGUCGGUAAAAGCAAGAAGAGGCUCUAGUCAAGAUAAUCGAGAAAGAACGUGAAAAGGAUUGAAAUGAAAAGAGGGAUUAAGAAAGACGUUAAGAGAGUUAACAAAGAUGGAUGACGGAAACAUAAAAGGAGCUGACACAAAGAUGAAAGAAGCAUUUGGGAAGCAUAUAAAAGGACCAAAGUCUAAAAGAGGCGUAAGAAAUUUCGGGGAAGGAAUAGGCAUGGAUACGAGAACUGAUCUGGCCAAUAGUCGACAUAUCAAAAAGUGUGCCUGAAGAGGAUGCAACGAAGUGCCUUCUUUUAUUCCACAAGCGCCUUCUCAUGAGACUGAUACUGCAAAGAAACCGCGACGAGUGCGAACAUGGGUGCGACAAAGCGAGUUACCUCGUAGCUUCUGCGUAAAUGGUUUUGCGCAAUUAAGAGUCGACAAAUCGCCGUAUUUCGGAUAGUUUAACUAGCAUUAGUGCGUCGACUGGACUUAUGGUAGAUACAAGCGGCGUGCGAUCGAUUGCAUUCGGCCAAUUGUCGGGACAAAAAUCUGAUUCUUUAUCUUCUAAUUAAUCCUGAUUGAAUCUCAAUUUUUACAACUUUGACGAAUUCGAAAUCACAAUCUCGAGGAGAAAUUUAAUCGUAAAACUAAAUUAUUAUUUAUGAGAAAAGAAAAACAGCGUAUAAGUACAUUUUCCUACUAAAGUGCAAACUAGUUGUAUGCUGAAUGGGAAGACUUACAGCUGCUGUGUUGGUGUUAUCGUGCAUCAUAUCACGCUCUUCAGCAGCACAACGGAACUGGCAACAGUUCGUACUUUGUCCAGCUAUAAGUAUACAAAGCGUCGUUCGAAGCUAAAGUAGAUCAGACGUUGUAAUUUUAAAAAGGUCCUCUUUGAAUAUGAUUUUGUAUUGAAAACGAACGAACGAGCUUGAUUCACUUUGGCUUGAUAUUUAUGCAUACAUAAAUUUUCUUCUUAGGCAGAUAUCUCCCGAUCUAUCUUGUACGAAUGAAAUCGAUCGCUUGCUGUCUCACUCCCGUAAUUGGUUUCGAGGCCGCCGACGUCAAACCGUGUAAAUAAAAUGUAGCGAUCUCUCUGGACAAAAGUCCGCGGGAUAUAUUCAACGAAUGGGCUUUCGUGUUCCUAAAAAUCCUCAGGGGUCUAAAGGAGGUUCUAGGAUUCGUGAAUCUGAAGAACCUCUCGCCGUCAGAACGGAAUGCGGCGCCUCGAAAUAAUAAAAUAGAUCAAUUUAAAAUUAUUCAACUACUACGACGGCUCAUAUUGAGUCCGCUUUAUUGUAACGCUGACGUGAUAUUUCACUUGUGUGCUUGCGUUGACCCUUUGACUGCUAUUUAAUACGUAUUCGACGAAUAAAAUAUUAUAAAGUAUUACGACUGUUUGAAAGUCGUCGCAUUCUUAAAGAAAAUUUU